AUGUCUCCAACACCUCCGGCAGGCCAGGGGUCAGACCUGCCCAAACCACCCCGUACGAGGCCACGAGCCCCAACGAUUAGCAUCGACGAUUCCGCUGUCAGUCAACCUUCUGAGGAGUCCGCCAGCACGAACUCCGAUCGGCCUGGCCCGUUGCCUCGCAUACAAACCGCAGGCCUCGACAAGGGCCCAGCAUCCUCGUCUCCUCUCUCCCUCUCACCAACAGAUGUUCGCGCAUCAUCCGACACUCGCGAGUCACGUCCGACCUCUCCGCAUAAUGUAUCAUCUCCCAGAUCUCAGUUCCUGGAUGGGCCGCCGCCUCAGAACUUCCUCUCCGUUCCUGGAGCAAGGGUAAGGGCCCCAUCGCUGGAGUCGGAACUGUCGCCUACGUCCGAAUAUGGUGGAGAAACUCAGAUAGCAUCCAGUACAUCAGCUUUGGACGAACAGCUGAGCAAGGGCUCGCUCAGUAACAACGACGAGGUGAUAAACGAUGCGGAUGCGUUGAGACCAGAUCCUGGAACCGAAGCCGAUUUUCAAGUGGAAGACAACAAGUUUGCCUUUACACCAGGUCAGCUGAACAAGAUGAUCAAUCCGAAGAAUCUAGCCGCUUUCCAUGCUCUAGGAGGGUUGGCAGGUCUAGAGAAGGGGUUACGGACGAACCGCCACAGCGGCUUAAGUGUGGACGAAGCUGGUUUAGAGGGCACAGUCACCUUCGAGGAGGCCGUGCAAGCAGGCAUAGAAGCCGAGGAGAAGUAUGGAUCUGUCAAGAGGGUCAACACAACGGGUUCGAUGACUGCUCCGGCGAGGAUAUCGGAGUCGUCCUUUGCCGACCGCAAGCGCAUCUACAAAGACAACCGGCUUCCAGAGAAGAAGGCCAAAUCCUUUUGGCAGCUGGUGUGGAUCGCCUACAACGACAAAGUCCUCAUUCUUCUUUCCGUGGCCGCUGUCGUCUCGCUCGCCUUGGGUAUAUAUCAAACGAUCCAACCGGCUCCAUCGGAGAUCCAUGAAGCCCACGUCGAAUGGGUCGAAGGAGUGGCCAUCAUGGUCGCCAUUAUUGUCGUCACAUUCGUGGGAGCUCUCAAUGACUAUCAGAAGGAACGCCAGUUCGUCAAGCUGAACCGUAAGAAAGAGCAGCGCUCGGUCAAGGUCAUCCGAUCCGGCAAAUCACAGGAAAUCUCCGUGUACGACGUGUUAGUCGGAGAUGUCAUGCAUCUCGAACCGGGUGAUCUGAUCCCGGUCGAUGGCGUUUUUAUUGAGGGCCACAACUUGAAAUGCGAUGAAUCGUCUGCGACCGGCGAGUCUGACAUUAUCCGGAAAACCCCAGCUGAUGAUGUGUACCACGCCAUCGAGAACCACCAAAAUCUGAAGAAAAUGGAUCCCUUCAUUCUGUCGGGUGGUAAGGUGUCUGAGGGUGUCGGUACCUUCCUGGUGACUUCUGUCGGAGUCAACUCCAGCUACGGCAAGACUCUGAUGUCCCUACAAGAUGAAGGGCAGACAACACCCCUCCAGUCGAAGUUGAACGUGCUGGCGGAAUACAUUGCCAAACUGGGGUUGGCAGCUGGUUUGUUACUUUUUGUCGUGCUCUUCAUCAAGUUCCUCGUUGAACUCAAGGAUAUCGAUGGGGGUGCCCAGUCCAAAGGUCAACGCUUUCUCCAAAUCUUCAUCGUUGCUGUUACCGUUGUCGUCGUGGCAGUGCCUGAAGGUCUACCACUGGCUGUUACUCUUGCCCUCGCCUUCGCCACGACCAGGAUGUUGAAAGACAAUAACUUGGUGCGGCUGCUCAGAGCUUGUGAGACCAUGGGCAACGCUACCACCAUUUGUUCAGACAAGACUGGGACUUUGACUCAGAACAAAAUGAGCGUGGUGGCCGGUACGCUGUCGACCGCGUCUCGGUUCGGCGACAAGCAGGUACCAAUCAAUGCUACAGCUGCGGCCGAUGAAAAACUAGAAGGCCCUGAUACGGUGACGAAUGAUGUCUCGUCCACAGAAUUCAUGGCUACGCUCUCUUCAGAAACCAAGCAACUGCUGAAGGAUUCGAUCAUACUGAACUCAACAGCAUUCGAAAGCGAGGAGAAUGGCAAAAGGACUUUUAUCGGCUCCAAAACGGAGACAGCCCUCCUUUCCUUCAUAUCCGACCACAUGCCCGUCGGCCCCAUCAGCGAAGAGAGAUCCAAUGCCGAAGUCGUCCAAAUGGUACCCUUCGACUCGGGUCGCAAAUGUAUGGCUGUGGUCAUCAAAUUAGCCAACGGUAGAUACCGCUUGCUGGUCAAGGGCGCCUCUGAGAUUCUCAUCGCAAAAUGCACAAGGAUCAUCACUGACCCGACCAAAGGCAUCGCGGACUCACCGAUGACUACUGAUCAGAUGGAGACACUGAACGGCAUUGUCAGCAACUACGCUUCUCGGUCUUUGCGUACCAUUGCUAUGUUGUACCGCGACUUUGAUGAAUGGCCGCCACGAGGCGCUGCUUCAGCGGAGGACAAAAGACAGGCGGACUUUGACAAGGUUUUUAAGGAUAUGGUCUUUCUCGGCGUCGUGGGCAUUCAGGAUCCUCUGCGUCCGGGAGUUGCGGAGGCUGUUCGCGACUGUCAAAUAGCCGGUGUUUUCGUUCGCAUGGUCACAGGUGACAACAUUAUGACGGCCAAGGCUAUCGCGACCGAAUGUGGCAUCUUUACGCCGGGUGGAAUUGCUAUGGAAGGGCCGGUUUUCAGAAAGCUGAGUUCGAAGCAGCUGACCCAAGUCAUUCCUCGUCUGCAAGUGCUCGCCAGAUCCAGUCCGGAAGACAAGAAGCUCCUCGUUGGGCAUCUCAAAAAACUUGGAGAGACUGUGGCGGUCACUGGUGAUGGUACCAACGAUGCACCUGCCCUGAAGACUGCCGACGUGGGCUUUUCCAUGGGCAUCGCAGGAACCGAGGUUGCGAAAGAAGCGUCCGAUAUCAUCCUCAUGGACGAUAACUUUGCAUCGAUUGUCAAGGCUAUCGCGUGGGGGAGGGCUGUCAACGAUGCUGUCAAGAAGUUCCUACAGUUCCAAAUCACCGUCAACAUCACAGCCGUCAUUUUGACCUUCAUUUCCGCCGUCGCGAACGACGAUGAAAGCUCCGUUUUAACUGCUGUGCAACUUCUCUGGGUCAAUUUGAUCAUGGACACGUUUGCAGCACUUGCAUUGGCCACUGAUCCCCCCUCACACUCGAUCCUGAGACGACGACCGGACCCCAAGUCGGCACCGUUGAUCACCAUCACCAUGUGGAAGAUGAUUAUAGGACAGUCGAUUUAUCAGCUUGUGGUAACCUUGAUCUUGUACUUCGCAGGCGCAAGCAUCCUCUCCUAUGGUACUCCGGGUGAGAGGGAACGGCUUCAGAGUACGAUUUUCAACACUUUCGUCUGGAUGCAAAUCUUCAAUCAGUACAACUCGCGACGACUGGACAACCACUUCAAUGUCGUUGAAGGAGUAUUCCGAAAUUACUGGUUCAUUGGUAUCCAGUUCAUCAUCAUCGGAGGCCAAUGUUUGAUCAUGUUCAUUGGCGGUCAAGCGUUUUCGAUCCAUCGAAUCAAUGGGGCUCAAUGGGGCUACUCGAUAGUGCUCGGCGCCCUUUCCAUGCCUAUUGCGGUCAUCAUCAGAUUGAUACCAGACGAACUCUUCGCCAAGCUCAUUCCGAGCAUUCGCCUCCACAAGAAGCGUAGCCCGGAGUUUGUGUUUGAAGAUGAAGACGACCAGAUCCGGCACUGGAAUCCGGCACUGGAAGAGAUCCGUGAAGAAUUGACCUUCCUCAAGAGGAUCCGUGGCGGCCGGAUGUCAGAAUUGACAUACAAGCUGCAACAUCCACGAGACACCUUCUUGCCGCGCUCCCGCAGCCCGUCCCGUUCUCGCUCUCGCUCGAAUAGCGAGUUGCCUCAGACUCCAGAGACGGAGCAGGCUGUGGCCGACGCGGUAUCGGGGUCGCCGUCCACGCCGGAGAAAGUUCGACGACGUGCGCGAUCCAGCUCCUCAGUCUUUGGGCCUGCAGCAGCCAUGGCUGGAAUCAUCGCUGGUAGUGUUGCCGGAGGCUGGUCACCGGUUGAGAAGCGGCCUGAGGAGCAGGAAACGGUUCGGUUCACACGGGCUCGAUCCCACUCUGGGGUUGAAGGAACCGCUGGAAUGGAAAUCCACCCAGCCACGCCGGCCGAAGAUCCGGUCUUUGCUUCAACGAUUCCCAAGAAUGGUGUUCCACCUAGCCAGGAUCCUGAAUUGGCGCCGCAUUUCGAUCAUGCUCCUCCGCAUAGUUCUCCCGGCCGAACAAGAGGUUCUCACUCCCGGCAUUCAUCGUCUGCCGUAUGA